AUGAGAUUCAAAAGAUGCUCAAAGGAGAAUUCAGUGUAUCGCAAGCAAGAGAGAGAUAGUCUACUGAUCAUUGCCAUCUAUGUUGAUGACCUCUAUGUAACAGGUAAUAGCCUUAUAGAGAUUAAGGAAUUCAAGGCUGGGAUGUUAUCUAAGUUUGAGAUGUCUGACCUGGGAAGACUCACCUAUUACCUCGGCAUCAAAGUUUAUCAAGGGAAAGAUGGUAUCGAAAUCAAACAAGAAGCUUAUGCAAGGAGAAUCUUGAAGGAAGCUGGUUUGGAGAACUGCAAUCCAACUCAAGUACCUAUGGAGUUUGAUCUUAAAGUGUCUAGAGCUCAAGGAGAGACAGAGAUAGACCCUAUGACUUAUAGGAGGAAUGUUGGAUGUCUAAGGUACCUACUACACAUACGACCUGAUUUAGCAUUUUCGGUGGGUGUGGCUAGUAGGUAUAUGCCGAGUCCUCGAAAGUCACAUGGUGAAGUAAUGAAGCACAUACUUCGUUACCUCAAGGGAACUAGUUCAUACGGCCUAAGGUUCAAGCGAGAAGGAUCAAAGAAGAUUGUUAGCUUUAGUGACAGCAGCCACAACAUUGAUCAAGACGAUGGAAGAAGCACCACAGGCCAUAUGUUCUAUUUCGGUUCUGCACCAAUCACAUGGUGUUCGCAAAAGCAGGAAACAGUUGCACUUUCAACCUGUGAGGCAGAGUUCAUGGCAGCAACAGAAGCAGCUCGUCAAGCAAUCUGGCUCCAAGAACUCUAG